AUGUCUCAUCAUAAGAAGAGGGUAUACCCUCAAGCCCAGGUGUCAUACACUGCGAGUGUGCCAAUAGUUGCAGAGCAACAGCAGUCUCAACAACAGAUCGAUCAGACAGCAUAUGCAAUGGGCGACUUACAAUUGAACAACAAUUCCUACUCGUUAACACAACUAGCUCAAAACCAACAAUUUCCUGGCACAGGGAAAGUGGUCAACCAACUAUACCCUGUGGAUUUGUUUACGGAAUUACCUCCUCCGAUUCGUGAUCUAUCUUUACCGCCUCCUCCAAUCACCAUUUCCCAAGAUAAUAUCGUGACUCCGUCCGAAUCAUCAAACAUUCCAUACCAGUACGUCAGAUCUACUUUGAACGCAGUGCCAAAAACAAGUUCCCUACUGAAGAAAACGAAGCUACCGUUCGCCAUUGUCAUUAGGCCAUAUUUGCAUUUGCAAGAUUCCGAAAACCAAGUGCCAUUAAAUACUGAUGGGGUAAUUGUCCGUUGUCGCCGUUGUCGUUCAUAUAUGAACCCUUUUGUCGUCUUCAUCAACCAAGGGAGAAAAUGGCAAUGUAAUAUAUGCCGUUUCAAAAAUGACGUCCCAUUUGGGUUCGAUCAAAACUUACAAGGCGCUCCGAUCAACAGAUACGAAAGAAAUGAAAUUAAAAAUUCUAUAAUUGAUUACUUGGCACCUGUAGAGUAUUCUGUUAGGGAACCUCCACCAUCUGUUUAUGUAUUCAUUUUGGAUGUUUCUCAAAAUGCUGUUAAAAAUGGUUUACUGGCCACUUCUGCCAGAACGAUUUUAGAAAACAUAGAAUUUUUACCAAACCACGAUGGAAGGACUAGAAUUUCUAUUAUAUGUGUUGACCAUAAUCUUCAUUAUUUCUACGUUCCUUUGGAUGAUGAUUAUGAAGAAUCGGAUAAUGAUUCUGAAGAAUUGGAUGAAGCGGAUGAAGAUGAAGAAGAGGAGGAGGAGGACGAAGAAGAUGAUACUUCAGAAACAAUUCAAAUGUUUGAUAUUGGCGAUUUGGACGAACCAUUUUUACCAAUGCCGAGCGAUGAAUUAGUAGUUCCACUAAAAUAUAGUAAAAAAAAUCUGGAAAAAUUGCUGAAAAAAAUACCUGAAAUCUUCCAAGAUACACACAGUAGCAAGUUUGCACUUGGACCUGCCCUAAAAGCUGCCUCAAACCUGAUAAAAAGUACCGGAGGCAAGGUCGAAGUUAUUUCAUCAACUCUACCAAAUACUGGCGUCGGAAAGUUGAAAAAAAGAAGUGAACAGGGUGUAUUAAACACACCAAAGGAAAGCUCUCAGCUACUAUCGUGUAAGGAUUCCUUUUAUAAAACGUUUACAAUCGAGUGUAGCAAAUUGCAAAUAACAGUGGACAUGUUUCUGGCAUCAGAGGAUUACAUGGACGUUGCAUCGCUAUCUCACUUGGGCCGUUUUUCUGGUGGUCAAACACAUUUUUACCCUGGUUUUAAUGCUACCAGUUUGAACGAUGUAACCAAGUUUACUAGAGAAUUAUCAAGACAUUUAACCAUGGAUAUUUCAAUGGAAGCCGUCAUGAGAGUUCGUGGUUCUACUGGCUUGAGGGCCACAUCAUUUUUUGGCCAUUUUUUUAACAGAUCUUCUGAUUUAUGCGCUUUUUCCACAAUGCCUAGAGAUCAGUCUUAUCUUUUCGGAAUAUCGAUCGAAGAUUCAUUAAUGGCAGAAUAUUGCUACUUGCAAGUGUCAACACUGUUGACUUUGAACACAGGUGAGCGUAGAAUUAGGGUCAUGACGUUAGCCCUACCAACGACCGAAUCCGCAAGAGAAGUGUUUGCAUCUGCAGACCAGCUAGCCAUUGCUGAUUUUAUCACACAAAACGCAGUGACCAAGGCUUUGAAUUCAAGCAUGUACUCUGCAAGGGAUUUUAUUACGAAAUCACUAGAAGAUAUUCUAAGUGCCUACAAAAAAGAAAUCUCAAUGUCCAAUAUAAAUUCAGUAGCCUCACUUAACCUAUGUGCAAAUCUGAGAAUGUUACCCCUAUUAAUGAAUGCGUUGAGUAAACAUAUAGCCCUUAGACCGGGCGUUGUUCCGAGCGAUUAUCGUGCAAGUGCAUUGAAUAAAUUGGAAACGGAGCCUCUUCAUUAUUUGAUAAAGAGCAUUUAUCCAACAGUUUACUCCCUACACGACAUGCCUGACGAAGUUGGCUUACCUGACUUCGAAGGAAAAACAGUUUUGCCUGAACCUAUCAACGCUACUAUAUCUCUUUUUGAAAGAUACGGCCUAUAUCUGAUUGACAAUUCCGCAGAAUUAUUUCUAUGGGUUGGCGGAGAUGCAGUUCCUGAGCUACUAAUAGAUGUAUUCAACACUGACACCAUUUCCAACAUUCCUGUUGGGAAAAGUGAAUUGCCUCCUUUGAACAAUUCGCCUUUCAACGAAAGAUUAAGGAAUAUAAUCAGUAACAUUAGAGAAAACAAUGAUACAAUUACCUUUCAAUCGUUGUACAUAAUAAGAGGGCCAUCUAUUAACGAACCUGCUAACCUAAACUCAGAAAGAGAUAUGGCUUCUUUAAGAUUAUGGGCAUUAAGCACUCUUGUUGAAGACAAAGUUUUGAAUUGUGCUAGUUAUAGAGAAUAUUUGCAAAGUAUGAAAACCGCAAUCAACAGAUAA